AUGCAAAAAUCCAAGUUAACCUACUACACUCGCAACAAUGCUAGACAGAAUGCACUAGGCGAACAUCCUUCCGCCUAUCUGUCUAUCAACGACGAAACACGUCUGGAUGAGUUCGUCUCUUUCUCCCAGUACAAGCCUGAGCUCGCUGCAGCGGUACUGCAUCUUAAUCUUCGAUUCGGCACCGGGAAGGUGCUGCUUCAUCAGCUUCGCCACUGUCUUCUUCUCUGCGAGAACAUAACCACGCUCGAGCUCGUGAUCGGCGGUGCCUCUUCUCGCAAUAUCACUCAACUCCUUCGCGAUGCCAGGUUCCCAAGACUCGUCUCGUUCAGCACCAAUGCCUCUCAUGAGGCUGUGGCUAGCUUCCUUGGCGAACAUCCGAGGUUAUUUGACAUCUCUAUUGGUCGUUGCGAAUCAGCGGCGAAUUGUACCCUGCGCACUCACCCGUUCCCAAACCUAUCAACUGUAGCCGGUCCCUUAGCCUCCCCGAGUUCCCCUAGCCGACACGUCCACGAAGUCAAAACGCAUCUAACGAAGAAUGUCCUAAGGUCACCUACCCGUAUCUUCAAGAAGUUGACCCCCCCUGGAAGCCACAUCUCUCGCUUGACAAUGGACUUCUAUCCAUCUGACGUAAGGAUUCUUCGCAAGCUAUCCGCCAUUGAAGGUCUUCGCAUCUUGAAGCUGAUUGAGCGACCUUGGAGCGAGAAUGAAACCGAAGCUCAACAGAUGGUCCGCCCUUGGAGCAACGUAAGGAGUUGGGCGCGAGACCUUCGCGCGUUGGACACUUUGGAGCGUUUGCUGAUCAGGACUCGCGCAAACCUGGUGACCACGUCCAUCGAGUCUGAAAGGAAGCAGGAGGAGAGGCAGAUUAUCAGUAGUUGGACGAAGGGAGAAGGGAGAUACUCGCUUAGAGACGAGUGCCCACACCUUAAGCUACGGCGGGUGACGUUGUGGUACCUAGCUGACUCUGUCGGACAGGUGAUGUCUUAUUGGGAUAAGCAUGGCGGAGAACACACCGGCUCGUCGACCAACAACGUUAAGUACAGGGGUAAGGCCACGCUUCUCAUCGUGUUCAUUUUAGACUCACAAACUACGCAAACUUGGGCUACAGACGCAUUCAAACUCAAACUCACUCGCAUGGUCCAGUCGGAAAGUAGGAGAGAAGACGAGGUUGGUCCUGGUCCUGGCACUGGUGGUCGGCAGCAGCGUCAAGUCACCGCCAAUAGCGUCUUAAGUGAGACUUCCUGGACCCUUCCCAGCCGUCCAGCCAGGAGUAAGGAAGCAAGUGACAACGAGGAGCUCUUCGCAUGGCAAAACGCUAGCCGUAUUCAUGAUACUCGAUUGGCCUCCUGGACUGCUCGACACACUGCCAUUGCUCUUGCAUGUGCGAUGUGUCUCUCAUAUCUGCUUCGUGACUUGUCCUUGCUUUGGCCCUUCCAGUAUGAUUCAGUCUUCCCCCGCGGCUCCAUUUGCAACACCGACCCCAACAUCACAAACGAACGUCUUGCCGUGCUUGAAGGCGCUGUUUCCAACCUACAGAGAACAAAUUCCGAUCUGCUUGGGAUGGUUGAAGCGCUCCUACAAGAACGCUCGCCUUCGGAGUCGGUCAAUCUCCCGGAUUUUGCUUCGCGCGCAGCCGGUGCAACUAUAAACCAUCGCCUUACGCUGGGCGCUUCGACCAAGCGGACUUGGUUGGACGCUAUCUUUCCCCCCAAUCCUCCUCCGAGUUAUCCCCCCGAAACCAUCCUUGCCCCCAAUAAUCCAAUAGGAACCUGUUGGCGUUUUAACUCUGCGUCGGGACAAAUUGCCAUCAACCUGCCUGAGGAAAUUGUCAUUUCCCAUAUUUCCAUCGCACAUGCUCCCCCCAGUCCCUCCACCUUUCUCACCUUGGCACCUCGAACCAUUGUUUUGUGGGGCCUGGUUGAUGUCGCUAACGAACAUUAUGAAGGGGGUACCGGCCCUGCGUUUCGAGGAGAGGCCGAUUCGUUCGUCCUUCUCCAUACCUUUCAGUACGACAUCUACUCUGCACAGGCCACUCAGACUUUUAUGUUACCCGAAGAAAAUCGUAUACUUGGUGUCGGGUUCCGAAUCGUCGUGAUUGAGGUGGUCGAUAACUGGGGUGAUCCUUCGGCGACGUGCUUAUACCAUGUUGGUGUCCACGGCGAGAAGUUCGCGCUCGCUAGUAUGUAG